AUGUGUUGUCCAUCUGUCAACUUGCGUGUGCACUCCGUGCCUAAGCUCAAGGCGUACGAGAAUAUCACGUCUGACGGGUUUUAUCUUCCGCUGCUGCGCGUGGAUGAGCACGGCGCCGCAACAGACGACCUCGUCAAGCAGUGGAAAAGCCAGGUCGGCCUUGCUGUGAAGGCGCGCGAUGCAAUCCACAUUGGCGGCAUCAUUGCGGGCCCGGUGGUGCUGGCGCUGUGUCUCGCCCUCGUCAUUGCCGUGCGCCUCAAGAACAGCAGCGGCGAUGGCGCUGACGACCUCUUUGGCGGGCGCGUGAACACACACGAGCAGACGCCGCUCAUGGACGACGACGGCUACGCCCGCGACUAG